AUGGAUACCGCAGAUAUGCCUUCAGUCGCCGCCGUCAAAUUGCCAGCAGCGGAAGACGCGAUUGGCUCCACCGCGGAUAUUUCCCUGCCGCCGUCACAUGAAGUCGAUUCGUCACCACCAGUUACUGGAGCUUCCGAAGAUGUCGUUGUCUCGGAGUUGCCGAUUUUCACUCCGUCAGACGAUGAUGUUGACCACGAGCGAAUUAGCGGCGAGGAUCGCGACCAGGAGGAUCACGGCGAUGAUCCGGUCGAGACCGACGUUGUUGUUCCUCACGAUGAGUUGAAGCAGAAGAUCAUCAGACAGGUUGAAUACUACUUCAGUGACGAGAAUUUGCCUAGUGACAAGUUUCUUCUGAAUGCUAUGAAGAAAAACAAAAAAGGCUUUGUUCCUAUAUCUACCAUUGCUACGUUCCACAAAAUGAAGAAGCUUACACGAGACAUUGCUUUGAUAGUAUCAGCCUUAAAGGAGUCGUCAUUUCUCGUGGUUAGCGCUGAUGGGAAGAAGGUGAAGCGUCUGAGUCCUCUUCCUGAGGUCAGGGAUCCAAAGAUUUUCACUGUUUUGGUAGAAAAUUUGCCAGAGGAUCAUUCAGAUGAGAAUAUUCGGGAGAUGUUUAGUAAAGCUGGAAGAAUAAAAAGCGUAUCCGUAUGUGAUCCAAACGCUGUCCAAGAAUCAGAGAAGGGUUGUAAGAAGGAAAAAUACAUCACACCCAGAUUACAUGCAUUUGUGGAAUAUGAAACAGUGGAGGCAGCUGAGAAAGCGGCAGCUACGUUGAAUAAUGAGCAAGACUGGAGAAAUGGGUUGCGAGUUAAGCUUCUUGAUCAAGCAGGAAAGUUUGUACAGAGAAGACCAGUUAGGAAGGAUGUUGAUACAGAGAAGGACAACGCAGGCCGAGUGCAUGAUCAAACUGGAGGUGAGGAGAACAAAAAGGCAACUGAACAUCAGCAUAACCACCGUCACCAUCAUUCUGAUACUCGGGCUGAUGAUGAUUUGGGGAACAAAAGCAGAGUUCAGGGACGAGGAAGACGACAGAAUCAGCAAGGCGGUAACGGACAUGGAACCUCACCAUCAAGCUCAUCGUCUUUCCAUCAUAACUAUAAUCAUCAUCCCGCUGAGGUCUCAAAGCGACCGCCUGGCCCGAGAAUGCCUGACGGGACGAGAGGGUUCACAAUGGGGCGUGGUAAACCACUUGCUCCUCCUCUUCCUCUCACAUCUGCUCAAACCAAUCACCAAGUUUGA